UACGGUGUUCUCGCAAAGGUUGAGAAUCAGUUGAUAACAAACUCCGCUCACAGUAAGGCGUGCUCCAUCAGUGGCGAAUUUCGACAAAUUUCAAGUGCAAGGAAAAAUCAAACUUCUACAGCAAUGUAUGCAACUAGUAAUGGAACAUCGGAUCCAACCGUUUCGUCGGUUCGCGUAGUGGACUUCCGAUCGGACACCGUAAGUGUUCCGACGGCCACCAUGCGCAAGGCCAUGUACGAAGCCGCCGUAGGGGAUGAUGUCUACGGUGAGGACCCCACGGUGAACGAACUCGAACGGCGUGCGGCUGCUCUGCUUGGCAAGGAGGCAGCGCUGUUUGUGCCGAGUGGUACCAUGGGCAAUCUCCUGGCCGUGAUGGUUCACUGCAACCGACGAGGAUCGGAGGCGAUAGUCGGAGAUAUGGCACAUGUGUUCCUCUACGAGCAAGGAGGAUCGGCCCAGCUAGCCGGUGUACUGCUGAACAACAUCAAGAACAAACCGGAUGGGACAUUUUGCCUGGAUGAACUGCGUAACAAGUUCCGUGGAUUUGAUAUCCACGAACCGAAUACGGAACUGGUGUUGAUCGAAAACACCCACAACAUGUGCGGUGGAAAAGUACUGCCGUUGCAGUGGAUGGAAGAUCUAUCGAAUAUCUGCAAGGAGAAGUCAAUCAAACUUCACAUGGAUGGAGCACGCGUAUUCAACGCAGCGGAGCACUUGAAGGUACCGGUUUCCCGUGUGGUGCGCGAUGUCGACUCGGUUUGCUUCUGUCUGAGCAAAAGUCUGGCCUGCCCAGUCGGAUCAAUGCUGGUUGGAUCGAAGGAUUUUAUUAAGCAAGCCCAUCGUCUGCGCAAAGCCCUCGGUGGUGGAAUGAGGCAGGUGGGAUUCCUAGCAGCGGCAGCGUUGGUGGCUUUGGAUGAGAUUGUACCCAAGCUAGCCUUGGACCACGACCGUACCAGGAAGAUCGCUGAAGCUAUUCACACUAUGAACAGUCCGUUAUUCACGGUCGAUCUGAAGAACCUCCACUCAAACAUUCUGAUGGUACAAAUACUGACCCCUAAAAUCAAGUCGUGUGAUCUUGCCAAUCGACUAAAGGAAGUAAUGCCGGAGGAAAUCGAGAAAGGACUCACUGAUGCCUCCGGUAAGGGCAUAAGCGUCAAGCUGAGUGCACGCGACUGGUCAUUUGCACGGAUUGUGAUUUACACAAAUCUUACCGACGAAGAUGUGGACCUGGCCAUUCGGAAGAUUAAAUACGUAAUUGAAGAGUAUCAGACAACACUUCUCUAAAAUUUCUAGACGUUAUGGAAUUUGAAGCUUUCUCAUCUACAUAAAUUCAACUGAAAUAAAUGAAAUUACACAACGCAA